AUGAAGAGGUUGUUCGGGUUCUGGAGGAAGAAGAAGGGGCAGCCGGCAGCGUCCGGCAGCGCCGCCAAGCCCUUCCCCACCGGUGCCUACGAGCUCCGGCUGCAGGAGCUGGGCAAGCUGCACCGUGCGGCCGCCCGUGGCGACCUGGGUCAGGUGCGGCAGAGACUGAAGAAAUGCGGCAUCGACGAGCGGGACGCGGCGGAGCGGACACCUCUGCAUCUCGCUUCUGCGAAUGGCCAUGUGAAUGUUGUUACAUAUCUCGUAGAAAACAAGUGUAAACUAAAUCUUACUGACAGUGACAACAGAUCACCACUGAUGAAGGCUGUACAGUGCCAGCAAGAAGAAUGUGUAGCUAUUCUGCUAGAGCACGGUGCCAACCCCCAUCUGGCGGAUGCUGACGGCAACACUGCCCUUCACCUUGCUGUCCGAUCUCCUAAUACAACCGUAGCGGGGCUGUUACUUGAGCAUAAUGCCAAUAUUGAUGCUCGGAAUAAGGAGGGAAACACUCCGCUUAUUCUUGCUAUCUCUGAACGUCAUGAAGAUAUAGCAGAGUUUCUUCUGCAGAGAGGAGCUGAUGUGCAUGCUCGAGAUCACUGUGAAAGAACCCCACUUAUGACUGCAGCAUCUGGUGGACAGCUUAAUUUAAUAAAAGUUCUUCUUCGAUAUGGUGCUGAUCUUUUCCAUAAAGACAGUAACGGAUGGACAGCUGAGGAUUAUGCUGUUACUCAUGGAUAUUCUAGUCUUUGUACACAACUGGUGGCAUACGCAUUCCGGGGAGACAGAGACGAAGGUGGUGCACAAGGCGGCACAGUACCUGGCAUUCCUCACCGGGCCGGAGCUGCUGGCUUGACGUUGGGUGCACCUGCUGUGGACAGAGGAGCAACAGACGACUUGUCGCAAGGAGACUCAAUCGGAAGCUUGGAGAAAGAGGGGAGCGAUGUCAGUUGGCGUGCUUCUGAGGAAGAGCUCGAUUUUUCUCCCAAGGUAUGGUGUAUUUACAGUAAAUGUCCUGUAAAAAUAAGUGAUCUGAAGGCAAGUUUUCUGGGGGAUUGAAAGAAACUACAGUUCUAGCCAAUAUUGUUUUCUCCUUAGAAGCACUCUCUGACCUGCCAGCCUUUUUUCUGCUGUGAGUUUUUCCUAAAAGACCUGUAGCUGUGGCAGAGCAUGCAGCAGAUUUGUGGUUUGAGGCAAAAGAGCCAUAGGCGACGAGAUAAACCCCCACAGUUUUGUUUGUUCUUGGUCAUUUGAGUCAGAUUUUAAGUUUGUAAGUUACUAAUAUAACCUGCUCUGUUCUUCCUCAAACACUGUUAAUGUUUCCUGUAGA